GCUGCCGAGAAUUACCCGAGGCGCUCAACAGCCUCAUCAAAGCCGCCAUGCAAGCAUUCGUGCACUCUCUUCCUUUGGACUCGUACACAAAUCGCAAUUAGUUGCAGACCUUUGUCGAACAUGUCUCUCUCGAAAAUUCAGCAUGUGAUCCUCGUCCUAUCAGGCAAAGGCGGCGUGGGAAAGUCCUCCGUGACCACGCAGUUAGCUCUCACUCUUUCGCUGGCUGGCCAUAGUGUUGGCGUCCUCGACGUUGACCUGACGGGUCCUUCCAUCCCACGCAUGUUUGGAAUAGAAGAUGCAAAAAUUACGCAGGAAGCAGGUGGCUGGGCGCCGGUCAUUGUGCACCCUGAUAUCGAUAGUCCCCAAGGGAAGAUUGGACGACUGGGCGUUAUCUCCUUGGGCUUUCUCCUUGCGUCCCGAGGUGAUGCUGUUGUAUGGCGUGGGCCGAAGAAGACAGCCAUGAUACGCCAAUUUCUAUCCGACGUACACUGGGAAGCGCUCGACUACUUAAUUAUCGAUACCCCCCCGGGUACGAGUGACGAGCAUCUUACUCUAAUUGAGACCCUGUCUCAGAUGGACUCAAGCCCUGUCCGCCCAAAGCAACUCGCUGGUGCCAUCGUCGUAACGACGCCACAGGCUGUGGCCACUGCGGACGUACGUAAAGAGCUCAAUUUCUGCGCAAAGACGGGCCUCAACGUCCUUGGGGUGGUCGAGAAUAUGAAUGGAUUCGUAUGCCCCAACUGUUCAGAAUGUACGGAUAUUUUUGGUUCUGAUGGGGGUUUCUUAAUGGCGAAGGAGUUUGGUGUGCCGUUUCUAGGGAGCGUCCCCAUUGAUCCACAAUUUGGGAUAUUAAUAGAAGCUGGUGAGCGGCCGCUUCGCCAGGUGCUUGAUGGGCAGGAAACCCCAACAAUGGUAGAGGCGGGAAGCAGGGACGAGGACGAUAAGGGGUUAACAUUAUUGGUUGAGAAGUAUCGUGACUGCUCUCUGGCCCCAAUAUUUAGAGCAAUUAUGGGUAAAAUGAUUGAGAGUAUCGACUCUGUAAAAAAAGAGUUCUCGCCUACACUAGUACAGUAAUGGGCCCACUGUCGCCUCAUCGCUUGUAAGGCUGACUAGGUCUAUCUUAACCCGGUUUCCAUAGAAUGGUGUAUUGGUACGAUAUUAGGUACUACCGCCUCGUGCAUUGUUCUUUCAUAAUGCGCAGAAUGCGGUAGGUAGGUACGUGAAGCUAGCUUGUUUGCUAUUUCAACUCCUUCCCGCUCCCUACCGCGUAUCUGAUGCUGCUUGUUAACUUCUUAAUAUGACAUAUCAUAAGAUAGUAUGCGUAAUGCCUACAGAACCUUGUCAUCGAGUUUGAAUAAGUACGUCU